GGCGCAUCUUGUCUGCGCAUUGUCUUAAAUUUCCUCUCUUUACGGGUUACCGGCAGCGUCGUUCUACAAAAAAAUCUUGGCUAGUUCGGGAGGUAGUGCACCUUCAGGAAAUCAUUUUCGUUUACCUCUUAAACUGCUAGACCUAUCUUCUGCUUGGAAUUAUUGGAAUUGUAAGCAGUAGCAAUGCAGAUCAAGGCUCCGCCAAAUUUUGUCCCUGAUGACUCCAGGGCUAGGCAGAUUCACGCUCCCCCAGUACAUGCUCGUUACAGGAAGUUUGAUCUUUAUCGAAAUGUUCAACAAUUUUACUUUAUUGACAAUCACGCUAUACAGGUUGCCCAGACAGAGCAUGAUAACUUUACUGAUUUGAUAUAUCAUCUGGUUUACAGUCAGAACCUGCAGGCUGACUUGGAUAAAUGCAGGGUGAUUUUUCGCUGGAUGACUUCCAAGAACAUGUACACCAUUUCAUUCAGAGAUGGUGCCAAACCUAACAGUCCAGAAGAAGUUCUCCUUUCUUUCAAAAACAAGCAGGGCACCUAUGCUAGAAUUUUUGAAACUCUUUGCCGUUUUGCUGGUGUACAUUCUAUUGUUUUAACUGGCUAUGCAAAGGGACUGGAUUAUCGCCCAGGAGACAAAUUUAAAGGCAAUGAGUACAAUCACAGCUGGAAUGCAGUCCUUAUUGACAACAAUUGGUACUUGGUAGAUUCUCAUUGGGCUACUAGAUACCUAGUGUCUGAGAAAAACAUGCCUGAGAACCUGGUAUAUGAGUAUGAUGAUUUCUACUUCCUGACUGAUCCAGAACAACUCAUCUACAGUCACUGGGCCCAUAAAAAUGAGUGGCAACUAUUGUACACACCUGUCACUUUGCAAGACUUUGAGAACCUUCCACUGGUGAAGUCCUAUUUCUUCAAGUGUGGAAUGUUUUUCAUCUCUCACCACAAUGGUGUUGUGGAUACCAAGAAAGGACGUCUAGCUUUGACCCUAGGCUUUUGCAAACCAACAAACUUCACCUAUAAAAUCACAUUCGCUGACACUGGAGAAGAAGUUUACCAGGGCCAGAAACUGAAGAAUUAUGCCCUCCAGCAUCAAGGUCAGAACCAGACCACAACCUUUAUCUUCAGAGCUCCCAAAGCUGGACAGUACUACUUUACAAUAUUUGGUCAGCUGCUUACUGGUGAACUUGGAGUCAAAAAUAUUUUUACUGCUUCAGCUGAGUAUAAAGUGAUAGCAGAUGCAGCAGCUACUGAUGCUGCACCUCUUCCUGCCUGUUCAGACAGUAGUUGGGGACCUGGAGUGGCUGUUGACCAACUUGGUAUUGUUGCCAGCCCUCCUGAUGGUAUUGUUACCACUGAAGAUGGAGUGGUCAAUCUGGAGUUUGCCAAAACGAAGCCAGCCUACAUUCUCUGCAAACUGCGCAAGAAUGGAGUGAAAGAUGAAGAUCUGGAGAAAUAUAUUGAGGAAAGGGAUGAAGGCGAUGUUGUCAAAGUAUUUGUUCAAUUGCCAACAAGAGGUGAAUAUGGUAUUGAAGUGUAUGGCAAUGACCCAGCUAAAGAUGGAGAUACCUACACACAUAUUUGCCAAUACUAUGUCCACUACGCCCCACAGAGUGAGCAGCAAGGAGCUUUCUAUCAAGAGUCUCCAGAUAGACGAGGUCUCGCUCCAGGGAAACAGGCCACAACAAAACCUAGCAAAUAUAAUGCUUCUUCUGCUGGGGAUGCCUAUGGUGAUGAAGAAUUCCCUCCACCACCACCUGAGCUUCUACAGCAGCAGUACCUUUAUGGUACUGUUCCUGACAGCCGUCAACAAGCUGUCCAGAGUAACCUUGCCUUCCCACAAGGACAAAGCUUCUCUUCCUAUGCACCUGGUGUAGGACAGACUACAGGUCAGAAACCACAGAAGGCGGAAGUUGUUCAGAUUCCUGUUAGCACUAAACCCAUCCAGGUGGAGAAAAGGUCUGUUGGUCAAGAGGGACAAGCAGCUCCUUCUUCAUUCCAGCUUCAGCAAAAGUCUGCUAAAGAAGAUGCCCCAGUACCAGCCCCAGCUGGAAAUAACCAGAAACCAACUUUAGAAGCUAUUGAUAGAAAUGUUUUACAAUCUGUAGAUGACCAUGCUAUUCAGGUAUCCAAAUCAGAACACAACAACUUCAGGGACUUGGUCUGGGAUUUAAUCUAUUCAAAGAACAUUACUAAUGAGCUAGAAAAAGUCAGAGUCAUUUUCCGCUGGUUAGCUACAAAGAAUUUGAAAGAAAUGAACUUUGACAAGGUAGAUAAAGGAAGUCCUGAGGAGGUUUUGAUGGGUCUUAAGACUGGUAAAACUACCUAUGCCAUGGUGUUUGACACAAUGUGCAAUUAUGCUGGUUUACACAGUAAAAUCAUUAGUGGCUAUGCCAAAGGUGCUGACUACAGACCAGGUCAGAAGUUUACACCAGGCACCAACCAACAUUCGUGGAAUGCUGUCUACAUCUAUGGCACAUGGUGUCUUAUUGAUGCUCACUGGGCUGCUAGGAGAAUCAUUGGAAAGCAAGCAUCAACUGAAGAUUUCCACUACCAGUUAGAUGAAUACUUUUUCUUGCCUGAUCCUCAUCAGCUGAUUUACACCCAUUUCCCUGAGGAUAGUCAGUGGCAACUGCUGGAGCGCAGUGUUACACUUCAAGAGUUUGAGUCCAUGCCUCAUAUGAAACCACAGUUUUUCAAAUAUGGCUUAGAGUUUGUCACACACCGCACAGGUGUCAUUCACAGUCGCGGUGAGCUCCACAUUCGUCUUCGCUAUCCAGCUGAUAAAAUUGCUGUGGCUUUCAACUUCACCAUUCAGUUUGAGGAUGGCAAUGAGGAGUACAAUGGUGUGAAGCUGAGUCGCUAUGGUCUGCAGGAGAGCUCUGGAAGGAUUGCUUCAUUCUCUCUUCGCUUGCCAGUGGCUGGCUCUUAUAUUCUGUACAUCUAUGCCAAAGAAGACACUCCUGAAAACAAAGAUAACGUUUAUGCCCAGGUUUGUGAGUACAAGAUUGAACAGGAAGUAGUUCCAGAGCCUCCACCAGAGCCCUACCCACCAUGCUCUUAUCUCAACUGGGGAGCUGGAUCUGCAUUCUAUAGAUACAAUUUGAGUACUUACCAACAGACUGCCACAUUGAACACAAGAGAAGGAAAAGUGGAAUUACAGAUCAAGACCAGUGGCAACAUGCAGUUCAUGGCUAAACUAAAGAGCAAUCAUUUCAGUGACAAUGAACUGGAAGGUUUUGUAUUACACAGGACAGUAGGCAACACAGCUUACUUCAAUGUCAGCUGUCCAGGCAGAGGAGAGUAUGGCUUGGAGAUCUAUGCCAACAACCCAGAGAAGGAAGGAAGCACAUUAUAUCAUGUUGCUCAAUAUCUCAUUCUCUGUCAGGAGGAUGUGAAGGUUGAGCCACUGCCCAGUCUUCCUCAUGGUUACCUUGGAAAACAACAGAGGUUUGAUGAGUUUGGCUUGCAGUGUAUCUCCCAUGUUGACCCUGUAGUCCAUCUUGAUGUAAACACAGUCACCAUUGCAAUGAAGACAUCUUUCCCCAUGCGUGUGACUGCCAACCUGAUAGCUGUUGAUUCAGACGAGGAGUUCCCAGACUUUGUUUUCUCCAAUUGUCUCGGCUCACAAAUAUCUUUUAUUGUCAACAUGCCCACAGUGGGUUAUUAUAAACUACAGAUCUACGCAAUGCCACAGGCUGACCCCAGUCAACAACUACCUGGAGUCUUUAACUAUCUGAUCAAUUGUAAAGGUGUUACACAGGCUGUUUUCCCCUUCCCCAAGCAAUAUGCUCAAUGGAAAGAGGGUUGCUUCAUGUAUGAACCAGGUGUGAUUCCAACCAACAGGGGACCACAUGCACACCAAGUUCAGUUAGAUCGCCUCCCUGGGAAAAUUAAUUUCCAUGUCAGCAUUCCCAAAGCUGAAGCUGUGGCUGUAGUGGCUGGACAGAACUGGACACAUCUGGACAGGCUUCAGGGUGAUGAGUGGGCCAAGCAAGUUGAGGUUGCAGGCUUGUAUGGGCAAGGUGUUAAGGUCACAUUGAAUGCUAACUUUGGUGGUGACAAGACUAGUUACUCAACUCUUCUGGAAUAUGUUUUGUAAAUCAUUUUGGCAUUUAGUCUUUUCAGAUGUAUACGCAACACUAGUUAGUGAAAGAGAAGCACAAAUGUAGGGAGGGUUUGAUAAGAACUGAAGUCAACUAUUGGUCCUAUGUGUUCCAUAACUCAGAGGCUUAUGUGCUGUUUUGUUAAAGAGCAUUUUACUUGUUUUAUUUCCAAUGCUUUAGUUUUAGAUAGCAAUCAUUUUUACUUUGGUUAGUCAACUCAAACUUUGUGCAUUUUUCACUUCCUUAAAGUUGGCAUGUAAAAUGUUUUUUGUUUGUGUUGACUUUCUUGUUCUGUUUUGUUAAUGACCAAUCAAAAUAGUGGAUCAAGUCAGUGAGAUGGUCAGAAUCUUUGCAUAUUAUCUCCCUUGCUUCGAUGUAUUAUUUUUUCUUUUCUAUUUCUCUGUAAGGACAUUUGAUCACACAGCACUGCUUGGUCUCAGUUCAGCCAUUCAUACUAUUGGCCUCUGGAAAGGGAGCACACAGGGUUGUACUACUUCAUUCUAUCCUAACCACAGUAAACUUAGAAGGGUAAAUCAUUUAUUUCAGGUUGUUUAAUACAGAAAUUCUGAUUAAAAAAAUUAUAUUUCCUUUGAAUGGCACUGAGGGUGAGGACUGUCUUCAUGCUGUCACCCCCAGUGUUUAUGUCAUGGCUAAUUUCAUCUACUUGUGACACCAUAGUUAAACAUCAUUGAGUAGUUUGAAGUCCAUUAUUUUAGAAUGAAGUAGAUUGUGUACUGUAUUUGUGGGUUACUACUAAACACUGUUUGAGAGCACACAUUUACUUGUUGCCUGAGCACAAUGCAUCUUUUUGUUUGCUCUGUACUGCUAAAUAACCAUGACUAGCCAUAGUUAUUCUACAUAAAAAUUCAUCUUUGUGCAUUCUAUAUCCAGUUUUUUUUUCACUCUUGUUUAUUUGAAUCUUAUUUACGCAAGUAUGAUGUAUCCAUAUUUAUAUUUCUUAAGGAUAGUCAUAUUUACACUUUGAACAAAUACUAUUUUAUUUUGAAUCUUAUUCAAGUAAUAAGGAAGAUCUAACCAAAGUGUGUUUCAUGGGUUUUAGACACAAAUCAUUUUUAUACCAUGUGGACUAAAAUUUUUAUGAAUUUUAAAGCGUAAGCCUAUAAGUGAUAGUUAUAUUUUGUUUUAUAUCUUUUUACUUUGUGAUGUAGUACUUUGCAUUUCAUCUUUUUAAUAAAUGCUUCUUCAGUCUA